AUGCACCUUCUCUUCCGUCAUGGCGAUCGCACCCCCAUAGAAACGUUCCCUAAUGACGGACAUCAAUUCAACACUACAUGGCCAGAGGGUGCAGGGCAAUUGACCCAACUAGGCAUAGAACAGCAAUACCUUUUGGGUACCUGGAUCCGCGAAACAUACAACUACUUCAUUCCACGGCAAUACCAUGCCUCUAUCUUUCACAUGCGUAGCACAGACUUUGACAGGACCCUAAUGUCAGCAAUGGCCAACUUGGCGGGUCUCUUCCGGCAUUCAAAUUCAUCUUUGGAAAAAUACAACAUCCACUGGAGGCCGAUUCCUGUCCACACUGUAAAACAGACUUCAGAAAUAAUGUUUGCGUCUGCCCCUUGCCCCCGUUUCAAACAACUCCUCGAAGAGAGUUAUAAGUCGGACGAAACAAAAGCCUUCUUUGACAAGCAUAAAACUUUGUUUGACCUGCUGCGCAAGGAAUCUGGUUGGCCGGAGCUUGGUGCGCACAACUUCUGGAUUAUUGAAGAUGACCUGAUAUGUCUGGAGGCGCACAAUUUCAGCCUCCCGCAAUGGUACACUCCAGCUGUCAAGGAGGAAGUGGGAGUUGUUUCUGAGUACCUGUGGAAGCUCCGAUAUAGCGAUACCGAGAGGUUACGCCUGGAGCUGGGUGUCUUUAUAAACGACAUGAUUGAACACCUGGACAGGGUCAUAAAUCCAAGCGCCUCGUCCCCUGCACAACCAGUUCUCUCUUCACGCAUCAACGCCGGUCAUACUGCCCCCAAAAUUAUGGCCUACUCUGCACACGACGAGAAUGUUGCAGCCUUGCUCUCGGCCCUGGGUCCGCCUGCCGACCCCUCUGCCUAUCACAUUCGGGUGCGUUACAAGCGCAGUUGGCAGGAUCCCAACGGUCAGUAUCUGAGCCUGCCCGCCUGCACUUCAUCGACCGCCAGUGAGGGUUGUGAGUACAAUAAGCUGGUGGAGUACCUCCAACCUCUGCGCCUUCAACCCGAUGAUUUUGAGUCCGCCUGCCGCACAAAGAUCCACCGUCAUUCGCUCUUCCUGUUCUUUGGCGUUGCUGCUUUCGGUCUGUUAUUAGCUUUUUGUGGUCUAGUGAGCACCUGCGUGUUAGUCUCCCGGCGGAGACGGCACUUGCAGUAUGAAACAUUUACCAACGAGCUGGCCUUUUAA